AUGGAACGACUCGACCGUGUUGUCUUGUGGCAUAUUGCAAGUUUCCUCGGUCCUGCAGAUAUUGCGCAUUUCCGAGGAACUUGUCGGAGGUUGUACUCAUUGCUGCCCCAGGUUACUGUGACUAAAGAUCUGUGGGAAGGAAACGACUUUCAUAUCACACACUGGUGUCCUGAAAAGUACUUCGACGGACCAAUACUCGUGGGUAAUUUGCUUAAGCUAGAAUUGUCGGUUGUGUGGAAGGACCAAGGCUGGGGGAACAAAAAAGGAGAGCUGUUCGCCUAUUUGAUGAGACCAAGUCGCACAGGAGAACCAGUUAAGAUUGCCGAACACAGAAGAUUGUUUGGCAUCGCAGACCAUUGCGAAACGAAACCAAAUACAGAGAUCGGUAGAGAGUCCGCUAUUGUGGCCAAGUCGAAGAAAGGGGAUUUUUGCAGAUUUAUGAGAAUCGCUGGCGGUGGAGGAGGACAUGAACUGUUCGUAAAUAAAUUUCAGGUCAAGGCUACAAUAUGUGAAGUGGAGUGUUAAACUUAGUUUAUUUGAAAAGUUUGAUCAAUUCAAAACGAGUGAACAUAUAACUGGUAUUCAUCGCUUUAAAGACAACUCACAUGAGAGGAGCGGUAUUUGAAAAAUAUUUUUUAGUUGUCAAUGUGAUUUUCAAAGGGUAUCCGAUUCAAACUCAGAGACUCAGAAAGGGAAAAAAUCCCAGGGAUUAAGAAUAUUCUCUAGUCAUGACCACUGCCUUCUUUCAAGACCAACUGAGUUCCUGAAUUGAAUAAUACGACCAAGUUAGCCUUAAGCUAGCCAAACCUGAAUUUAGAACCAAAAUUUUAAAAAAAACAAUGAGAUAAAAAGUAAAAUGCGUAUGUAAAAACUGAAACAAAAUGGACGUUUUAACCGAGGAGCAAUGAUUAUUAUUAUGAAUUAUCUAAAACGGGCUGCCAAACCGAAAUUGAUUUUCAAAAGCCCCCUCUGAAUCGGGGUUGAUAUCAACCGGAGACUUGUUGAAUUUUUUUUUCGCCUGUAAAUCAAUAAUUAAUGUAAUUUAAAUCAAACCAUACUUGUCAAAUUUGAGGUAUUUUUCUCUUGAGUUUUAACACAGUUUUAAAAAAUCAAUAACAGGACUUUUAUUCAUCCGGCCUGUAAUCAAACUUCUCACUGAAAAUUUAGACUCUGAUAACUGUAAUGAUGAUGAUAACGUUAACAGACUGUUACCGUAAUUUCCGGCCGUUUACCUGCACGGCCGAUUACCCGCACCGGCCGAUUAUUGCGUGCGGCGAAAAAGAAAGUCAACAGAUUACCCGCACUGGUGGAUAACCCGCACGUUAUAUUAUUCAACUUUUUGAUGGCGAAGACGUGACAUUAAGGUGCUACAUUUCAGUCUUUUAAUAGUUGUCUGAUCUAACUUUCGAAAACUUGAAAGCUUCUUUGUCGAGUUUAAAGGUCAAAGAAAUUCAGACGCGUGCACAAUUCUGUGUCAAUAUUAGCAUGUACUUUAUUAAUAAAAUUAUACAGUUAAAACACUAGCGGCUCAUGCCCAAAUCUCAACGUUUCAUACUUGACAGAAUGCGAAUUUGUGGCCCCAUUUUGUGCGAGCGAUCGUUCAGCGCCAUGUUGAUUCGUUGAAAGAAAGCUGGGUGAAUGUUAAAACUUGAGUUAUUAAGUACUGUCGGCGAUUUCUGAAAGAAAUAGAUAUCUCCGGUUCUAUUGGGCCUAACAAGUCCCUUAAACGGGAAAAUUCUCUUUAGCUCAAGCUAGUGUUAAAUGGAAAUUUGUUGUUGAUGCUCCGGAUAUCUUUGGAUUAUUUUUGUCACCAUCAAGGUUUUGUUUUCACGCGUGCCGACAGCAGUUUGUUCGUCACGCAACUAAUUAUGCGUGAAAUAAACUCGAGUCGGCAUCAUGUUUUCGUGCCGCUUUGUGGCACUCUUAAUACAGUAAAAUUCAUUUGAGGGGUGGAAACGCAUAAAGGUGAGAAUUUUUUUUCAAUUCAACUACCAGUAGAUUUUAAAAUUGUCACAUUACCCGCAAUUCCCUGUUACCCGCAGUGGCGCGCAUUUGACGCAAAAUCAACAGAUUACCCGCGGGUAAACGGCCGGAAAUUACUGUAAGCGUAGAAAACAAAUUAUGUCCCGACCUCACCUCCCCGCGGGGUACAACCCAUAGGUUCUGUGGCGUGACCAUGUCGCGUGACGGAUUUGAUUAAAAGAACUAUAUUUUAGUAACAUUAACAUUUCUUGGCCAAAAUAACCAAAACAAAGCUUGUUUCCUUUGGUGGUAUAAAAAACUGUUCUAUUUCAUGUUCGUUGCUAUAUUUCAUUAUGAUUUUUUAUCGAAAUACAAGCUUAAGUUUUGAGUGAUAAUUAUCAUUCACAUCCGUUUUAAGUUUCGCUUUCGUUUCUGGAAGUCAGCAGCUUCUAGAACUUACGACAAGGCGGAAGGAUUGACAGUGAAACCGUGGAGAAGGCCGAGUAACGUAGCUGUUUAAAACUACAGUCGGUUAAAGACAUCGUUUGUUCACACAGGACAUGCAGUAGGAUGCAUUCAAUGCUGCCUGAAGUUGUUGUGACCGAGUAUCAGUGGAAAGGAGAGAAUUUUCACAUCUUUGGUCCAAGAGGUGGUCACUGGGCUCCUGAACAUUAUUUUGACGGACCAGUACUCCCGGGUAACGCGAUCAAACUAGAAUCGUCUGUGCUAUGGGAAGAUCAAGGUUUUGGGAACAGGAAAGGAGAAUUGUUCGUCCAUUCAAUGCGACCAAGUCGUACAGGAAAACCCCUCCAGAUAGCAGAACACCGACAGUUGUUUGGUAUCGCAGAGCACUACGAAAAGACGGCACAUAAAGUUCUUGGAAGAGAAGAUCCCAUCAUAGCUAAGUCAAGAAAAGGGGAUUUCUAUAGAUUUAUGAGGAAUGCUGGUGGCGGGGGAGGCCAUCAACUGAAAGUGAAAAACUUCAGAAUCAAGGCUACACUUUUCGAAGUCAAGAGUUGAAAUGAUUGAGUUUCACUAAAUAAACUGGUGGGCCUUUUGCUUAAAAAUAUGACUCACAUAUCGAAGAAUUUGUACUUCAUGAGACAAACUUUCCUGAUUAGUCCUGAUUACAGUAAUUUUUUUUAUUAUAACCUCUAAACUUUCAUGAUUUGGAUUUUCAUGAGUGAAGCAUUUAUUGGGUAUUUGUCUCUAGAGUUUCAUCUCAUCUUUAUUUAUGUUAUGUUCUAUCUCAAAGACAGGAAAAAUUGAAAGAACAGCAAAUUAUGGUGCAUGGAGCUGUGACAAUAGAAAGCAACAACAAAAUAAAAAGUUAUACUUUAGCACUGUGAGUUGGCUGAAUCAUGUUUUGAUUUUGGUCUGGCAUAAAUGAGGAUCGCAAUGAACUGAACCAUGAACCAUGAACAAUGUACCGGGCCAAGUUUAGGAGUCAAAUGAAACAUUGAAGACAGUGGGGAUGGUGAGUACUCUCACCACUGCCCCAGACACAUUUAAGGUGGCCUCAUGUUGAGGCUGAGUGGCUCUGUGGGCCCUUAAUUGUCAUUGCCAUUUCCCUUCAUUGCUCAUAGCAGUCACUUCAGUAGUACUAGGGAAAGUAGAAGCACUUCCUUCUCCCCAAGAGUUGGUCAGUCUAAUUAAAUAAGGGGUGUAAGUUUCCAAAGAAACUGUAGUGCUGCAUCAGUGGGGUGUAUAACUAGAUACUUUGGUUUUUAGAGUUUCUAAAGGUGACUUUUCAGGUAUUUUCUCCUAAUUAACCUAUCAAUAUCAUGGCACCCCUCCAAGAAGAAUGGUACUGUGACAUUAAGAAGUUUUCUACAAAAUACACAACACAAACAAGUGACAGAGCCUACUCAAACCCACAUCAAUCAAUCUGGGGUCUGAGGUGUUAGACAUCAAGCUAGCUGGUAAUUCUUACGAAGAUUGCCAGAGUAUGCAAUUGAGUGUAGCUGUAACGUAGUUUAAUUGUAAAUAAACACUCUUCUUUGUUAGCAGAAAUAUAUUUGCACUGCCAUAACAUAUGAAAAUAAACUCUGUUAAAACUCGGAAAGCUGUGAAUACUUUCACUUGAUUCUGACAGAUGGAUCGUAGAUUACCAGCUAUACUCUCCCACCGACGCAGCACCACAGUUUCUUUAGAAACUUACCCCCUUUAUAAAUUGUUUUUAAACAGGCAUCGGAACACAAUUUGCAGCAAAAGGAAGUAUCUUUUGUUUCUUUCUUGUUCAUACACCAAGACUUUUAACAAGCAAUUUAGGCUGCCUGUGAUACACUGUGCAUCCUGAAUGCGCAUUUUUUCACGCGAAGUUUCAGUUUCGUACCCCGUGGUCACGUUCUCCUGGGGAGGGGGUGGUGUGACCUCUGAGAACGAGAUGGACGUCAUAUGCGCUAGCGGCUUCAGCAUCAUAAAAUACCUUCAUUCCUGGAAUACAGAGACACACUGACGAAUUGUAGUUAGUCUCCAUUAUACGCGGACAGAGAGCUAUUCACCCAUUUUUGGGAACGGGGGAACUCAUUUACUGUGGGGGGUAGGAAAUGCCCUUUAGUUUUUAUUUGCGAAUAUAAAGCACCUUUCUAAAAUGUGAAAAUUUGAAAUUCUGGUUGUCUGAGGUUUCUUAACUCAAAAUUUACAUACAAAUAAUUUUGCUCUCGCGUGCUAUGAUUUUCAUUCCUUCAUUUUUUUAUCCAACUGGUCUUUUUGUUUGUUUUCUUAUUUCCUUUUUUUUUUGUGCCUUUUACUUUUUUGUAUGAAAAGUUGAUCGUGACUGACUCUUAAAAUAGAAGUGGCAUGUGACGUCUCCUUUGAAUUUUGGAAACUGUUUCUUUUUAUAAAUCAGGUGAUAAAUUUGGAAACAACGUUACUGUUGCAAAACAGUUGUCGGUUAACAUUGCUUGCUUGCGUUUGUUUUUCCAUGGAACGACUCGACCGUGUUUUCUUGUGGCAUAUUGCAAGUUUCCUCGAUCCUGCAGAUAUUGCGCAUUUCCGAGGAACUUGUCGGAGGUUGUACUCAUUGCUGCCCAAGGUUACUGUGACUAAAGAUCUGUGGGAAGGAAAUGACUUUCAUAUCCACGGUUCACGUGAAGGCCACUGGUGUCCUGAAAAGUACUUCGACGGACCAAUACUCGCAGGUAAUUUGCUGAAGCUAGAACUUUCGGUUGUGUGGAAGGACCAAGGCUGGGGGAUCAAAAAAGGAGAGCUGUUCGCCUAUUUGAUGAGACCAAGUCGUACAGGAGAACCAGUUAAGAUCGCCGAACACAGAAGAUUGUUUGGCAUCGCAGACCAUUGCCAAAUGAAACCGAAUGCAGAGAUCGGUAGAGAGUACGCUAUUGUGGCCAAGUCGAAGAAAGGGGAUUUUUGCAGAUUUAUGAGAAACGCUGGCGGUGGAGGAGGACAUGAACUGUUCGUAGAGAAAUUUCAGGUCAAGGCUACAAUAUGUGAAGUGGAGUGUUAA